AUGGAGUCUUUCGCGCAGAACACAACGGAGACAGAUGACAUUCUUGAAUUUUCUUUGAACAGGUCGAUUUAUUACACUUUGGAUGAGAAUGCCCUUGCUGACUGGCAGACUUUACUCGGGAAAAGAAAAUAUGGCGCUGAGUCUCAAAAUCCCACCACGAAAGUUUUGUUGAUCAUCGCCUAUUCUUUUAUUAUUGUCAUAUCGCUCUUCGGGAAUUCCCUAGUUUGCCACGUGGUAAUGAAGAAUAAACAAACGCGCUCUGUCACGAGUUUAUUCAUCGCCAACCUGGCAAUAGCGGACAUUCUCAUCACCUUGCUGAACACUCCAUUCACCUUAGUCCGUUUUGUUAUCAGCACCUGGGUAUUCGGAAAGGGCAUGUGUCAUAUCAGUCGCUUCGUGCAGUACUGCUCUCUGCACGUGUCCACUCUCACGCUCACGGCUAUAGCGCUGGACAGACGUCAGGUAAUUUUGCAUCCCCUGAGACCAAGGAUUUCCACUCUCCGAGGGUUCAUCUACAUUGCAGCAAUAUGGCUGAUGGGUGGAUCCUUCUCUCUGCCCCAUGCCAUUUAUCAGAAGCUUUUUACAUUUGUAUACAGUAAAGACAUAGUCCGCUGCCUCUGUGUGCCCGACUUUCCGGAGCCCUCGGACCUCUUCUGGCAGUACCUGGACCUGGCCACCUUCGUCCUGCUCUACGUCCUGCCCCUCCUCAUCAUCAGCGGCGCCUACCUGGGCGUGGCGCGCCGCCUGUGGCGGCCCAACGCCAUCGGCGACGUGACCAGCGAGCAGUACUUCCUGCAGCGGCGCCGGCGCAAGCGCACCAUCAAGAUGCUGAUGGCGGUGGUGCUGGUGUUCGCCGUCUGCUGGUUCCCGCUCAACUGCUACGUGCUGCUGCUGUCCAGCCGCGCCGUGCGCUCCAACAACGUGCUCUACUUCUCCUUCCACUGGCUGGCCAUGAGCAGCACCUGCUACAACCCCUUCAUCUACUGCUGGCUCAACCACAGCUUCCGCGCCGAGCUCAAGCGCCUGCUGGCCGUGUGCCCCUGGGGGUUGUGGGCGGCCGGUACCCGCGCCGCACCCGAGGCCUCGUCGCAGGAGCGCCAGCGGCAGCAGCGGCAGCAGCAGCGGGAGAGUCUGCUGCCCCCUAGCGGCCAGGAGGGGCAUCACCGCGUGGCCUGGCCCGAGAGGGAGGCGGGAGGAGGAGGAGCGCCCGGUCCCGCUCGCCCGGGCCUCAAGAAGAGCUCCGCUCCGCAGUCGCUGUCGCUGUCGGGGACGGGACGGACGGACAUUCUCACGGUGGAGCCCAUCAUGGUGGCCAGUUGA